CAUGAGUACUGAAGUGACAGCAAGUCAUGAGCUACUCCAAGCACAAGCCCACAUUUGGAACCACAUUUUCAGCUUCAUAAAUUCUAUGUCCCUCAAAUGUGCAGUUCAAUUAGGUAUCCCAGAUGUCAUCCAAAAACAUGGCCAACCCAUGAUUCUUUCUGAGCUUGUCUCCGCCCUACCAAUUUCCCCAACAAAAGCUCAUUCCAUCCCACGCCUCAUGCGAAUCUUAGUUCACUCCGGCUUCUUUGCUAGAGAAAGUCUGAGUGGCGGCGGAGACCAAGGUUAUGUACUAACAGACGCCUCCGCACUCCUCCUGAAAGACAAUCCCAUGAGCGCAAGGCCCUUCUUACUUGCAAUGCUGAAUCCCAUCGUAAUCGAUCCAUGGCAGUAUUUGACCACUUGGUUCCAAAAUGACAAUCCUACGCCGUUUCAGGUGGUGCAUGGGAUGACAUUUUGGGAUUAUGGAAACCGGGACCCGACUCUUGCACAGUUUUUCAAUGACGCCAUGGCUAGCGAUGCCCGGUUGAUCUCGAGCUUGGUGAUUGACGACUGCAAGGGAGUGUUUCAAGGAGUGGAUUCGUUGGUUGACGUGGGCGGUGGGACGGGAACCUUGGCCAAGUCCAUUGCUGAUGCCUUCCCUCAUAUGAAAUGCACUGUACUUGAUCUCCCUCAUGUAGUUGCUGACCUAAAAGGGAGUAAGAACUUGGAAUUUGUUGCAGGGGACAUGUUUGAGGCUGUUCCUGGGGCCGAUGCUAUUUUUUUGAAGUGGAUAUUGCAUGACUGGAGUGAUGAUGAAUGCGUGAAAAUACUCAACCAAUGUAAAGAGGCAGUUACAAGAGAGGGCAAGAAAGGCAAGGUGAUUAUCGUAGAUAUGACGAUGGAGAACAAGAAUACGGAUAAGGAAUCUGGGGAAACACAACUUUUCUUCGAUAUGCUGAUGAUGGUUAUGGCUACAGGAAAAGAAAGGAAUGAGAAAGAAUGGGCUAAGCUCUUUUCUGACGCAGGUUUCAGCCACUACAAGAUUACUCCCUGUUUGGGUUUAAGGUCUCUCAUUGAGGUUUAUCCUUGAUUUAUAAUGAAGCACACCUGCUUAAUAUAUUAUGUUGACAGUGUUAAAGGAAAGAAAAUAAGUCAAUGAUCUGCUGUGGAGAGAUUGUAGCAACUGGAUGUAAUUACUAUAUAAUCAGUAACUAUUUACCUAGAAUAUCUAUUCCUUAUAUGUAUAUA